AUGAUUGGCACCCGCAACGGCCUGCUGGCAGUGUCGGUGAUCGCCGUCGCGCUGCUGUCCAUGCUCUGGUCCAACAAACAGUACUCGUCCUCCUUUGGCGGCAACAUCGACGACCUCGACGAUUUUCACCUCCUCCUCACAGAAGCGCAAAAGAAGGUGCAAUCCACAGCAGCAAAUGUGCUCUUCCUGGUCGACUCAUCUGGAUCCAUCAGCGCUGACGAAUUCGACAAGGAGAUCGAGUUUUGCAGGCAGUUUAUGCAGAAGGUCAACACCAAAGGCGCCGUCUCCCUGUUUGCGUCCCAAACCAAGUUUGUCACCCAGGGCUUCGUCAACCGCAUCCCAUCAAAUGUCGAACGCAUCUCAGGCUCCACCGACCUGGCCGAGGGUGUAAAGGAAAGCUUGGAGCAUUACGUCGGCAACAACGCGCCUGUCGUGCUCCUUAUCCUCACUGAUGGACAGGCAGAUGACAUCGACGAAGCGGUGGAAGUUCUGGACAACAAGGCGCACAACGUCGUCCUCCGCGUCGUUGUUGGAUUUGGCCAAGCAAAGCAUGAUUACCUUCAACGCAUUGCAGCUGGCGGACUCACCUUCAGAGGUGCUGACAUUCAUCAAAUCAUCGACAUGCUGGAGAAGGAGAACCAAAACCCCAUCAAGCUGCAGCUGCUCAACUUUCGGGGCAGUUUCACGUCGGGGACAGACCUGUCCACAAUGACAUACAGCGGUACUCUCCGAAACGCCGAUCAGCUUCGUCCGACCACGCCCGACCUCUUCCUUGAGCUCUCCGAGUCAGACGAGACAGAUUUCCUCAAGGGCGGGUUCUUUUUCAAGUUGCCCAAAGUCCUGCAACCCGGUGAAUCGAUCACCGUCACCUUUGACGUUCCAGUGCGAAACCCUGCUCGUGGGGAGAUCUCCUUUGCGCAAGUCCCCUCCAUCUUCGCGCCAUACUUUGCCAGUCUCCAAUUCUAUGACUACAAGCCACGUUUCAUUACGCUUGUGGGGCCUGUUAGGAACGGCAAGACAACUUUUACAGACAUCUACUGCUAUGGUGCAAAGUCCUCAAGAUCAAGGAACCUGGAUGUCUGCGGAAACGGCACCACAGAGUCUUGCACCCGUGAGAAUGCCCUUCAUGGCAAAAUGCUGCCACUAAAAAUCAUGGACACGUUCGGUAUCGAAGAGCGUGAUGUGGACACGGUUUGGUCUGAGGCCUACAUCCGAUGUGUUCUCAAAGGCUGCUGCACGAAUACAACCCUGAGUGAAGCGCGGGGAUGGUCGCAGUACGGUAUGCCCCAGUGCGAUCCAACACAGCACAAGGGUCCAGAUGCGGUCAUUUUUGUGCUCAAGAUUGUGGAGAGCGACCCCGCGAUGAUGCAAGUCCUGAGCCGAAUCGAGGAUGUGAUUGUCCGCUCAUCUGACGUGAAGCGCGUGCCCAUCUUCAUUGCCUUUACGUUCCUCAACAAGCUGAGCUCCUCCGCCAAGGAGCGGCUGCGUGAACACGCCGUGGCGCAAAUCAAGCAAGCUGGCCUCAAGUUCAUCGACCUUCAGCGUGUCUUCUUCCUGCCGACGGACAACAACGGACAAACAAGCUGCGAAGUGACCAAGCCCGUGUUUGCCAUGCUGCAUGACGCGGUGCGUGUCAUUCAGUCCCAAGAGCCAGAGCCUCUGGGCUUUCACUACUGGCUCUACGCACAGUGGCAGCUCUCAACCUGGUCGGAGGUGUUUUACACCACAUUCAGUGUCGUUGUCAUCGCUGCGGCCCUGCUUGCAGGUUACGUUGCCCUGAAGCCUGCACAACAGCCACAGAACUUGAAGCCUCAGCAGCAGGAAGGCGGUACCCGCAAAGGCAGACAUGGUGGUGGUGAUGACGACGACAAAAACGACGACGACCGUGAUCCUCCUGCGGCUCAAGUUACGCAGGAUGCUCGUAACGGAGUAAAGGGAAGUGAAGGAGAAAAGGAAGAAGAAGGGCUAUCGGCGCGGACCUCAGCAGCAACUGGCAGUGCCAACGACAGACAGGGUCAAGGCAGCACCAAACACGGCUCGACAACGCCUGACAGUGGCACUGAAGAAACAGACAACGGUGCCCAUGAAGAGGGCCAAGACACCACGCGAGCAGCUACGGCAGGCAAAACCUGUGACCUGGGAAUGGACUGA